UUUUGGAGGAGAUGGCGGGCUCCUCGACGCAGAAACAACUACAUUUUAUUUAUAAUUCUUUGCAGGCUACGUCAUGUCCGUUUGUGCAAGAUCUGUACUUGCAGGAAGCAGACAGCAUGCUGCAGCUGCUGUGCAGCCCCUCAGAGCUCCGCACUGACAUACUGGCAUGGAUCUGCAGGAGUAUCAACCCAAAUUUUGGCAAUUCAAAAGUGAUGUUGCAGAGAUCCAAAGACCCAGAUGUUUUGACUAAAGAAAUGGCUGCACUUGGGCAGGAGCUGAUGCUGUGCAAAGCAGAUGACCUGGACCUGAUCAGGGGGAACGCAAGUCCUCACCAUCAGCUUUGGUUCCUGGAGCAGCUUUUGACACUCGUCCCAGGGUCCAAGAAGUCUGCUGGCCACAGAACUGAUGGAGAGGCGUUUCUGAAUGAGCUCUUUGCUGCUGAGAAUCUGCCCCACCUCACACAGAUGCUCAAACCCACGCUCGACCCCUGGCCUGCACACAUCAAGGCUUUACGCAAGAGAACCAAGUCUCCUUCUAAUCACAGAGAGGAGGUUGCAGAUGUUUCCUCUCUUUUACAGUCGACUCAGUCAGAACUUGAGCAGCUGCAGUCAAAGUGUGAUUUCCUGAAGAAUGAGGAGAAAAGUCCGGCCUUCUCUUCGAGCUCACUGCGCUUGGCAGCUUGUGACCUCCAGCAGCUGAUGACUACUUUCAGCCAUGUUUACGAGACAGACUUGAAAGCGUACUGCAGCCGAGAGCCCCCCAGCUUCAGCACGGACAUCGACGUCUUCCAGAGAGUCCACCAGCAGCUGCUGGCGUGCAACACGGAGCUGGAAAUGCUGAAAGAAGUAUCAGAAACAUCUGCAACCGUCAGCGAAGAAGGAAAGAGGCUGCAAACGCAACCUCGCUACUGGAGCAAAGGAGAGAAACGCACCAUGCCCGACCACCUGGAGGAAAUCACCAGGCGGAUUCAAGACUCCUCCCAUCUUCAAUCCUGAUUGCAUUCCCUGUUUUGGCUGGACCCCCCCACAAAUGCAGCCCUCAGAACCUCAACAUCACGACUUAAACACGGGAGAACUGUGGCGGCACCCAAACAGAAAUGAAACCGUUUGGUCACCCGGUUCGUUACAACCGUUCUGGGACAGACUCUUUGCAAUAACUCGGACCACAAUGCCAACAAAAUCUCUCAAAAACUCUUUAGUCAGUUAUUUUUCCUUUUACGUCCUAUUCACGGAGUAUGAAUAUUUUUUUCAUGACUUAAUAAAUACAGGACUGUCUCAGAAAAUUAGAAUAUUGUGAUAAAGUCCUUUAUUUUCUGUAAUGCAAAAAUAUCAUACAUUCU